CCUACUACUAUGGUUGACACAAUGAAGAAAGCAGAAAUGUGGCUCAUUCAGUCCUACUGGGAUUUAGAAUUUCCACCAUCUUUAUCAAACAUUGAGUUUGUUGGAGGACUCCACUGCAAACCUGCCAAACCCCUACCUAAGGAAAUGGAAGAGUUUGCACAGAGCUCUGGGGAACAUGGUGUGGUGGUAUUUUCUCUGGGAUCAAUGAUCAGAAACAUAUCACAAGAACGAGCCAACACAAUUGCGUCAGCCCUGGCACAGAUUCCACAAAAGGUUCUUUGGAGAUUUGGGGGAAAGAAACCAGACACCUUAGGACCCAAUACUAGGGUGUUCAAGUGGAUGCCUCAGAAUGACCUUUUAGGUCAUCCGAAAACUAAAGCUUUUGUAACUCAUGGUGGAGCCAACGGCAUUUAUGAGGCGAUCCAUCAUGGGAUCCCCAUGGUUGGCAUCCCUUUAUUUGCAGAACAACAUGAUAAUGUCGCUCACAUGGUGGCCAAAGGAGCAGCUGUUUCGGUUGACUUUCAUACGAUGACAAGUGAAGAUCUGCUUAAUGCACUAAAGGCAGUCAUUCACAUCCCUUCCUAUAAAGACAAUGUGAUGUGGUUGUCAGCCAUUCACCAUGACCAGCCUAUGAAGCCCCUGGACAGAGCUGUCUUCUGGAUUGAGUUUGUCAUGCGCCACAAAGGGGCCAAGCACCCGAGGCCACUUGCCUAUAACCUCACCUGGUACCAGUACCACUCUCUGGAUGUGGUUGGAUUCCUACUUGCCUGUGUGGCAGCCUUGGCUUUCCUUGCUGUUAAGUGCUGCUUGAUUGUUUACUGGUUCUUUGUAAAGAUGGGAAAGAAAAAAAAAAAGGAAUAG